CAGAGAGAGAGACCACAGACCAGAGAUAGAGAGACCAGAGAGAGAGAGAGACAACAGACCAGAGAAAGAGAGAGACCAGAGAGGGGGGCACCGUUUUCUCCUGCAUCGCUGCAAGAACAGACACAGAACUGAAACAGGAGGAGAUCCAUACAUUCACACUGCAUUCUCACCCAGCCCACCCAGACUGAACAUGACCUGCUGGAGAGGCAGAUCUAACAGGACCAUAUAACAGGAUCAUCAGCACAUUGGACAUUAUGACUGCUCAGUCAUAAAUACUACAGCGUAUACAGGUAGAUACCAAGGACCUCCACAUCAAAAACAAGUUUGACCUCAAAACGAGGAAGGUUACUGUUUCAAAAGAGGACAUGUGAAGGGAAUUUGUUGCUGGGUCGAAGAAAAAAAAAAACUUGAGGCGUAAACAGCAUCUUGCUCUCGGGGCUGUAUCUGAGCUGAGGAGGACCGUCGACACACAGGGGCUGUGCACACAGACGGUCGACUCUCGUCUGUGACACACUUACAUGUCCUUCUGUGCUUCACAGCUGCGUUGCUGCUGCUGCUGCUACUGCUGUUCCUCCCAGGACUAUAUCUCACACUAGUGCGACCGGCAGUAGUUUUGUUGUUGCUCUCCCAGUGUGUAGAGUUGCCUGUGCCCUGGUCCACAGCAGGUUGUGUGCCGAGCUGUGUAGAGGCUGUGUCUAACCAUGAGCGGGACUAAGAAGGGCGAGCUGGCUAUCCGCGACAAAGCCAUCUUCCAUCAGCAGCGGCGUCUGAAGCAGGCCACCCAGUUCACACACAAGGACUCAGCUGACCUGCUGCCCCUUGAUGGGCUGAAGAGACUGGGCACCUCCAAAGACCUGCAACCCCACAGCAUUGUUCAGCGCCGUCUCCUUGAGGGAAACAUGACUCGGCUGCGGGGGGAGGCAGGGGACCUCAACUCCAGGGUCCGCUCCCCUCUGGCUGACAACAAGGAGGGCGGCGACGCGGAGGAGCGGAGCGAGAGCACGGCGGACGACUCCACGGAGGAGAGGGAGUCACCGGAGGAGAGCGAGAGGAGCCUCCGGUCAGACGAGGAGGACGACAGCAGCGAGGCCAGGGGGAAAAGUGGCCCCGACGAGGCCAGGCAGACGGCUGGGGCAGAUCAGACUGACGAGGGGACGGAGGAGAGGCAGGGAAUGGAGCGGAGUGGAAGCCUGUCUACCCUCACUGCUCUGCUGGUUCAAUGCAAGUGCUGCGAGACUGAGGUGAGCGCUUCCAUCAACACUGGCAGUAAACACAACCUCAUCUCCAGCUCCUGCUGCCAGAGGCUUGGGAUGGUGCCCACCCAGGAGGGUCCACCGUGUGGUCAGACAGAGGGGCGUGGCCUGCUCAGCACAGUUAAGGGGCUUCAGCUGCAGCUAGGCAGACAGGUGAUCCAGUGCUCUGCCUAUGUCACAGGUAAAAGAGAAGAUGAGGUGUUCGAGCUAUGCCUGGGUCUUCAGACUCUGCUGGAACUCAAAUGCUGUGUGGACCUGAGCAGAAGGGUCCUGAAGCUGCAGGUCUCAGGAGAAGAGCUGCCGUUCCUGGAGCCGCCAUCUGAGAGCCAACUGCAUCACGACACCAAUGAGAACCUGUGAUCCCUGGGAGAGGUCACUUCCCCCCCAGCCGGCCCACUCACACCUCUGAUUGGCUGCCGCUGAAGAUGUGUCGCAGUCCUGAGUCUGGACUGUCCAAUCACAGUGUCUCGCACUGCCAGAACGUGGACAAGCACCCUCAUUAUUUUUUGGUUUACACACCAUUGUGUUUGUUUUUUGUGCAAUUGAGACAUUUACCAUGAUUUUAUUCCAAUGUUCAAUUAGUAUAGUUGAUGGAGCUUACAGAGGCUUAGAAUGGAGACAAUCGUUUGUCAAUUACUGAUCAUGACAACCUUGAUUAUCAUUUGAUUUUAACAUACUAUUUGUGUGAUUUGGAGGUACAUAUUCAUUUACGUUUGCUAGUAAAAUGCCCAAAUGUUGACAUUUCAGUAGAACGCUUCUUCAUAAAAGCUCUCCAGAAGUUCAUGUUCGUGUUUCAAGAGACAAGAAGAAAAGUCUCAGGUUGCUACGUAGCUGUCAAUUAGAAGAGCUUAUAAACAGUCUUGUCAGCGGCUCAGUGAUAGUCAAUGAGUCCUUGCUCUGAGAGAGAACAGUAGUAUAGUAUACUGAUAGUGUUGAACUAUCUUCUCCAGGUGAAGCCCCUUCUCCCUUUCUCUGUCUCAACAGAUCAAUGUUAUCUAUUUUCCCAUUGAAGAUCCCCUUCUAUGAAUGUAAUUGUGGCUUACAUAAAAAUGGUCUCUCAGUAAUUUGUCCGAAAUGUUAAAGUAGACCUGGGGUGAGACUAGUCCUUGUGAGCAAACGGCAGAAAUCAAAACAUUCCAUCUGCAUGAUCUUGUAGAGGUCUGCUUUUGUAUACAGUCUGCAUGUUUGUGUUACUAUGAGAACGUUUCACUAUGGUUUGUGUGUGUGUCUGUGUGUGUGUGUGUGUUCAAGAGAGAGAGAGAGAGAGAGAGAGAGAGAGAGAGAGAGAGAGAGAGAGAGAGAGAGAGAGAGAGAGAGAGAGAGAGAGAGACAGAGACAGAGAGAGAGGUGAGAGUGCAUGCGGUGGAGGGGCUUUUCGUGGUGGGCUUUUCAGUUUCGAUAUGGCUGGUGUUUCACAUGGGAAAAAAGCAAUGCUGUCCGCCCUCCACACACCAAGCUCUGGUGAGGAUAUGCUGCCAAAAGCUGAGCUGUCCGCCCUCCACACACCAAGCUCUGGUGAGGAUAUGCUGCCAAAAGCUGAGCUGUCCGCCCUCCACACACCAAGCUCUGGUGAGGAUAUGCUGCCAAAAGCUGAGCUGUCCGCCCUCCACACACCAAGCUCUGGUGAGGAUAUGCUGCCAAAAGCUGAGCUGUCCGCCCUCCACACACCAAGCUCUGGUGAGGAUAUGCUGCCAAAAGCUGAGCUGUCUGCCCUCCACACACCAAGCUCUAGUGAGGAUAUGCUGCCAAAAGCUGAGCUGUCUGCCCUCCACACACCAAGCUCUAGUGAGGAUAUGCUGCCAAAAGCUGAGCCCAGCUGCCUGCCUCUCCCUCAGGGGAAUCAGAGCUGAGGCUGCAUAUGUGCCAAGGCCCUCAUGGAUGUUUCUUUAAGCAUAUUUGUAGCUGUUUUUUCAGUUCAGGAAACAAAUCAGCUUUGUACAUUCUCUCCUCUUGUACCAUGUAUCACUGACGUAAUUCAACUUUAAAUGUUUGAUGAUUUGAUCUUCUACAUCCAAAGUGCCGUGAAUUCUCCUCUCAUUAGCAGCCUGUUGGAGAGCGGAACCAGACCCUACAGCCUCCCUGCUACCUACAUGACUCUGUCUUGGUCCUUCUGCAUAGUGUGGGGGAAUCAAUGGGAGUCUCAUGAGCUCAAAGAAAGGUCACGCUCUGCUUUAAUAUCUGGACUUGCUCUUAACCCGCCCUGCUGCAGUCUCUGUCUAACCUUCUCUCAAUGGGGGGGUCACCCACACAAAGAUUGGCAACUUUUCGGUAUUCUUUGAUGUACAGUACUGGUGUACUUCCUAAGCUGUGUGAUGGAAAUCGAUGUAUGAAAGGAAUUUAUUUUUUGUGUCGUUUUUUUUCUGAACAGUAUUUUCUCUGCCUAUUAAAAUGUAUUCUGGCUA